AUGUGGUUAGUUGCGAAAAACAGUUCUCUGCUGUCGCCUGAUCUGACGCUGAUCAUUUUACAUACUGCCUUAAGAAAUUUAAGGGUGUUGGGGUCCAUCGGGCCGAGAACCUCGAUACAUAUUGGCAAGAAUUCCAUCGAGGGGAGGGCGUUCCCAUACUUUUUCAUUUUCUCGUCCGCUGCCCUGGCCGCGGCCAAACCGCAUUCUUUACUUGUCAGGUUUACGUAUCGUUUGGCGAGGGUGCAAGGGACCGUAACAUCCCACGCCAAACAUCUGCCGGCUCUCCAAGGACCAUUCUAUGUCCCGCUUCUGAGGGGAACUUUAUCAGGCCAUAUACAGAUGAACUCUGACCUCGUCUUGAAAAAGUCUUUAUAG